CUCACCGACCGGGGAGCGAUACUGUAGCUGGGAUACACAUUGACAAUCUAUGUGCGUUGUGACAUUAAUGUUUCACGCUGUUUAAAGAUUAAGCCUGGGAGGAGUCUCAACAUAUGUGUGAGUCUGAGUCCAGGACAAGUAGCACAUGACUGUGUCUGUCACGACCACUGGGACACAAGAUGAGCUCAAGCACAGGUCCCGUGGGAUUUAAAGAGAGGUUCAUUUUUAACCCCAAAGAAGGGAUCGAUAACCCAGCAAUGGUCAUCACAGACGACGCAGCAACAACACCCAGUCCGCGGUUGUGCGUGCUGAAGAAAGAUGAGGGGGCGCCAUUCGGCUUCCACUUGUUGGUAGAAAGGGGUCGCGCUGGUCAUAUCGUGAGUAAGGUGGCGUCUGGAGGAGUAGCUGAUCGAAGCGGCCUUCAAAACGGAGACAGAGUUUUGGAGGUCAACGGCUGCUUCAUCAAUGACGCCGCUCACUCAGAGGUUGCCAGGAAGAUAAAGCUGAGCGGACACCACCUGUGUUUGCUAACCUUGGAUGGUGAUGAGUACGAGAGGGUUUUGGCUCGAGGUCAGAGCCUCGAAGAGCUGGCAAGGAAACAUGAGGGAAAUGGGCGUGAACCACCCCGACUUUGUCACAUCACCAGGGAUCCCUCCACAGGCCUGGGUAUCCGAUUCACACCUGUGGAAGGCAACAAAAGUCGCUUCUCCGUGAGCUUGUUGGAAGGAGGAGCAGCUGAGAAAGCCGGAGUACACAAAGGAGAUCUUCUAGUCUGGAUAAAUGGAGCAGCAGCGUCUGAUCUCACCCCCUCUGCUCUCACUCGGAUGAUGAAAAAAUGCGGCAAUCACAUCACCAUCCUUGUGAUCGACGGCGACAGCGAUAAGAUCUACACGCGCAGGAAGAUGCCCGUUCUUCCUAGCAUGGCUGUUCCUCAUAAUCUGCCUCACAGAGCCAGAAAACUCCGCCUGACCACAGACACUGGGUCCUUCGGUUUCUUCCUUCGCCUGGAGAGGACGCCAUCAGGACGCACAGCGCACACACUACAAAGCACGGACAACGACAGUCCAGCCUCGAGGGCAGCCAUGAGGAGUGGAGAGCUGCUGCUGGAGGUGAAUGGAGAGUGGGUGGAGACGCUGACACAUGAGGAGGUCGUGGAGUGCGUGAGGAAGAGUGGACGCCAGGUCUGUCUCACCACCAUCACUCCUCAGGGACUGGAGUUUUACAACCAGAUGGGUCUCUCCCCUCUUCUCUUCUGUGAUGAUGAUGAUGACGGUGAUGCCCCUCAGACGGAGCCAAAGACCAGAAAAGCAGCUGCACUCCACAAAGUGACGGGUGGCUCAGCCAGUCCUCGCCUCUGUACCCUGCAAAAAGGCCCCCUGGGGUUCGGCUUCAACCUGGGACAGUCCCCUCAGCAUCCUGGGACCUUUGUUAGCCAGGUUUCAGAAGGGGGUCCAGGGCAAAGGGCAGGGCUUCAGCAGGGAGACGCUGUCUUGGAAGUGAAUGGACAGAAUGUGGAGAACAAGUAUCUGGAGGAAGUCAUCAUGCUGGUGAAGAAAGGCGGACGCUCUCUUUCCCUGCUGGUUGUGGAUAACACAGAUCAUGGGACACGGGAUUCAACACACAAUGAAGAAGUGACCCGCUUGUAAGAGUCGACUGCUGGCUGAUGUUUACUCCUCCGUUCGUGACAAAUGUGAUCAUGACUGUGCGGCUCAGAACUGAGAUUGCUCUUGUUAAAAAGUGACAUAGCCAAAUGACAUGGCCAAGCAUUGUAGCUCGCCGUGACACCUAAGCCAGUGUUUCAAACUUCUGAUAGACAACGUAGAACGUUGGUUCAUCUCAAGGUUGCAAAUGUCUUAAAUGAAUCAAUGGAAAAUAUCACAAGUUAUGCUCAUUCAAGGUUGCUCCUCAAUUGACCUGUUUAAAUUGUGUGUUUCACAGAAAGUUUGUCUGUGAUCCUUGGCUGAAAAAAAAUCUACCGGAAACUCCAGUAAAAAUACCUAAAAUGU